ACCAGGCGAAGCAGCAGGCAGCGGGCCACCAGGCGGAGCAGCAGGCAGCGGGCCCCCGGGGAGCAGCAGGCAGCGGGCAGCAGCAGGCAGCGGGCCCCCGGGCGGAGCAGCAGGCAGCGGGCCCCCCGGGCGGGGCGACAGGCAUCGGGUCCCCAGGCGGGGCGACAGGCAUCGGGUCCCCAGGCGGGGCGACAGGCAUCGGGUCCCCAGGCGGGGCGACAGGCAUCGGGCCCCCAGGCGGGGCGACAGGCAUCGGGCCGCCAGGCGGAGCGGCGGGCGCCGGACCCCCAGGCGGAGCGGCGGGCGCCGGACCCCCAGGUGGAGCGA